AUCAUCCAAGAGUGGUUCGUGCGCUCUGAGAGACACCGCUUCUUGCCAGUGGCCGACCUGACUCACGCCUUGUUAGCAGCGACAAAAGCAUGGGCAAACACGAUGACUCUGGGGAAGUAGCCCUCGAAGAUGAUCAAAAAUCUAUCAUCAUGGGUAUUAUUGGCCAACUAAGACCGGGCAUGGAUCUGUCCCGGAUUACACUGCCGACAUUUGUGCUGGAACCCAAAUCGAUGCUCGAGCGCAUCACAAAUUUCAUGGCUCAUCCAGAGUUUCUCUUGCCUAUACCGCAAAUUGACGAUCCAGUCAAGCGGUUUGUUGAGGUAGUGCGCUUCUACAUGGCAGGCUGGCAUAUCCGUCCAGCUGGCGUUCGGAAGCCCUUGAACCCGAUACUAGGCGAGUACUUUGCCGGUUACUGGAAGUUCCAAAACAAUACAACCGCCCUGUACAUUGCCGAGCAAGUCUCGCAUCACCCUCCCAUUUCUGCGUAUUUCUACUAUAGCCCCGAAAACCACAUCCGGGUGGAUGGUGUAUUGAAGCCGCGUUCCAAGUUUCUUGGCAAUUCAGCAGCGAGUAUCAUGGAGGGGGAAGCGCUUCUAACUUUUACAAAUCUCAAGGAGACAUACUCGCUCUCGCAACCCAACAUGUAUGCGAGGGGAAUUUUGUUUGGUAAGAUGCGGAUGGAAUUGGGUGAUCACUCGACUGUUCGGUGUGAGCAGACUGGCUUGGUGGCUGAGAUUGAGUUUAAGACUAAAGGCUUCAUCAGUGGCAAGUAUGAUACUGUGUCUGGCAUCAUUCGCAAUGAAAAGACUGGUGACAAGUUGUUUGAGAUUGAGGGUAAGUGGUGUGAAAAGAUGACCAUCAAGGAUUUGCAUACGAAGAAGACAGAGACGUUCUUUGAUGCGACAGGUGCGCAAGAGACGCCUAUUUCGGCCAAGGCAACAGACAAGAUGAAUCCAGUGGAGUCGCGGCGGUUGUGGCAUGAAACGAUUGAGGCUGUCAAGGCGCGAGACCAGGUGCGCGCAACGAACGCAAAAUCAGUGAUUGAGGAUGCACAGCGCGACAAGGCGAAAGCGCGUGCUGAUGCAGGCGAAGAGUGGCACCCUCAAUUCUUUGACAAGACUGGCCCGGAGGAUUAUGUGUUUAAGGGAUCACAAGGCAAGACUGGCGAGCAGCUCAAACAUUUGAUGGAGGAGAUGGCUGGUGGUAUUACACAAGAGACGACAUCAACGAGUCAUGCAAGUCCUACGACAACUUCAUCGGCUCCUGUAAGCCAGCCUGGACGGGUACCUACGCCGACACGGACUUUGCAGUAUACAACUCAACAGCCUGCAAGCCCAAGCGCCCCGCAGCCUGGUGCAUUACCGCAUGCAGCGACGCCGGGUGGAAGUCCUGCUGCACCAGGCUUGAAGCCGUCUCUGCAUCCAGUGGACAGCGAGAAUCAAGUAUUUGUUGAUGCACAGGAAAGCUUUGACAAGCUGACAGUUUCAUAAAUUGGUUAUAUGCGUUUCCAUGAUAGAUGUUCGUCACUGGACCUGAUGCCCAAGUGCUGUACGUAGCGAAAAGAGUUGGCCUUU